AAACAAAGAAUCAAAUCAAUGUCCCAUCGAAUAAAAAACAAACAAAUUCACGAAAAUGGUCCUUCGUCAGCAAAAUAGAGAUGCGGGUUGUCAUAGUUCAGUGUCCAGUUUCUUGCGAACUUUCUCCACUUCAAAAUUUCCCUCUCUGCUCGUUGAAAAGUCAAAACGCCCAAAGCUGAUCUCUUAUCUCUAUUUACGAUAGCUUUGGGAACUUGAUCUUGUUUGUGUAUCAUCAUUUUCCUCCAAUUCGUCUUUUCAAAUUUUAGCUUUCCUUGUAAUGGAUUACCGGCCAAGGAUCAUGGUGACCAACGACGAUGGAAUCGAUGGGCCUGGAUUACGAGCUUUAGUUCAGGUCUUGGUCUCAACUGGUUCUUACGAGGUUCAAGUCUGCGCUCCUGAUUCGGAAAAGUCUGCUACAAGUCAUAGCAUCACUUGGCGUAAUAUUCUGAUAACAGCUCGCAGAGUUGAAAUCGAAGGGGCAUCUGCUUAUGCAGUUUCUGGAACACCAGCAGAUUGUGCUUCUUUAGGAAUCUCCAAAGCCCUCUUUCCUGCAGUUCCUGAUCUGGUUAUCAGUGGCAUCAAUAAGGGUAGCAACUGCGGAUAUCACAUUGUUUAUUCAGGGACAGUGGCUGGUGCUCGAGAGGCCUUCAUUCAUGGAGUGCCUUCAAUAUCUGUGUCAUAUGAUUGGAUUAGAGGUAAAAGCAGUGAUGAUGACUUCAAACUAGGAGCUGAGGCUUGCUUGCCCAUCAUAAAUGCCAUACUGACUGAGCUAAAAAAUAAAACUUAUCCUCAAAGAUGCUUUUUGAAUGUGGAUUUGCCGACAACCAUUGCAAGUCAUAAGGGAUAUAGGGUGACUAAACAGGGGAAGAGUUGUAUCAACCUGGGAUGGAAACAGGUUAUUUCUGAGACACAAGGAGGAAAGAUAUUAUCAACAAUGACAAUGGAGACUGACACACCAGCAUGUGCCGAGAUGGAUGCAUCCUCAGCAGCAACAGAAGAACAUCUUUUGUUCAAGAAAGAAGUGUUAGGUCCACAAUUUGAAGAAGGGGAUAUGGACUUCCGUUCUCUUAGAGAUGGAUAUAUAACAAUAACUCCUCUUGGUGCUCUUUCUCAUCCUGACAUGGAUUGUCAGGCCUAUUUCAAAGAUUGGUCGCCACAUGCGGUUGAAUGGCCAUCUUCAACAGUCAUAUAAUGUUGAUUUAAAGGCCGGGAUUCGAGACCAGAUCGGCUGCCACUGAUCCUGAUCUGGAUCAGCCAAUCUUGCCUGAUAGCUGACUGAUUUCGACAGGCAUUGGCAGGGACCAGCCAGUAUUGGCUGGAUUGGCAAUCCUUGAAACCUUGGUCUACUGUGUUAAGGGGAGUCAAUUUCAUGUUCUUUUCUGUCUCUUGAUGCUUUGUUGUUGCAUCAUGCUGUUUAGGGCAUUAAUAUGUGGCGAGUGAUCUACGGUUCUCAUAUGAACUUAGAUUUAAUGUGGAAGGUGGGUACAGAAAACAAGUUAAGAGUGUGAUGUAAUUUGCUUGAGUCACAACUAUGACGUUCAGGCAUGGAGAUAUAUAGGGGGGUAAUAAUUGUCAAGGAAUAUCCCCACCCUCCAAAUCAUUUCAUACAGUAUAAUGUAAACUGUAUUUAUAUAUUUUUUUCUAUAUUGCUUUGUAGUGGCCACUUUGUUAAGGGCACCAGUUUUAAUGA